AUGGCUGGAGAGCUCGAAACUUCAACAUCCGGGAAGCCAAAGCCGACACUGGCACAGUAUGCUCGAGCAUGGGGAGAAUCACCGUUCCCGCCGACGUUACUCGCGACUUUCGUAACCGCCCUCCAUUUCCGCCCUUUCCAGUUUAUGCCAAUGGUAUUUCCACCAGUACUGUUGCUCACGACCUACAUGAACUUGGCCGGAUUCAAGAAGGAUGCUGCAGGUGCUAGCGCCGCGUGGUCUGGUUUAUAUAUACUACUUGCCGGAAGGAGAAAGCAGGAGUUUAAGAAGAAAUGGAGUGCUCGAGGCAUGGUGAGAGGCGCUGCUAUAGGUGUCGGUCUUGCAAAUUUGGUUAGUGGAGGAAUGGUGUAUGUUCUUGGGACACGAGAAGAUGAAGAGUAA